GUUUUUUUUUAAUUUUAUCUUUUAUUUUUUUUCUUAGACUAUUUACUCAAUGCCUCCGCCGCACCGCGCUGGUGGUGGUGUUGGUGGUGGUGUUGGUGGUGGUGUUGGUGUUGGGUUGGCAGGGGGACGCGGAUCAUCAUCAUCGUCGACCCUCCAAUCCCACUCCCAGUCACCACACCACCAACAUCCCUCUGCAUCUAUUCAACAGCAGGCUGAGCACGAGCAUGUUGAGCACGAGCAGCUGGCAGCCGAGGUCGCUGCGUUGCUACUGCAAGUGCCUGCUGUGCUUGUGCAACCGCUCUUCCUUCAGCAGCAGCAGCAGCAGCAGCGCCCAUCAUCAUCAUCGCAACAACCAUCAUCACAGGCACAACCAUCAUCAUCAUCGUCAUCAUCGUCAUCAUCGUCAGGAUCUGGGUUGAAAUCCAAUACAGAGUCGAGCAGCAGCAGCAGCAGUAACAGACGGAGGCGAUCUGCAAUGGGCAGCAGCAGCCAGAGCACAGCGACCGCCAGCAGUGCAGCAGCGGCAUCCACCAACGGUAGUAGUAGUAAUAGUAGUAAUAGCAUGGCUAGUAACAGCUCUGUGAGUGCUGUGGUGGCCAGUGGCGGUCGAGGCAAGCAAGCGUCCGACGCCACUCUUCAAGCUGCUGCUGCUGCUGCUGCUUCUUCAGUCACCAGCGCUGGUGCUGGUGCUCCUCAAGCGGCCGGUGGGACGACUGCUCUUACGCUGACCGGUGCUGGCGGGACUGUUGCAUCAAGACGCCCGUCGCAGAGUGGACUUGCUGGCCCAGAGUCACUGCUUCCAUUGACGGACGAUCACUCCUCGUCCUUCUCCGCUGCUGCUGCUGCUGCUGAUGGCACUACUGCGCCAGGCGACGGGACGCCAAGUGCCGAUGCAUCGAAUCUGAAUCUGGAUGCCGGUUUCGCACCUCAAGACAAUGCCGUAAUUCUCGACACGCAGGCAACGAGCGUCAUGCUCGCCGUGUUUGGCAGCGACGCGACAGCUUGGAAUCCGGUCGUCCUGCCAAAUAGCAACAACAGCUGUGGGAACGCAGACAAGGAUGCCACAACCUCGCCAUUUCAGUUUGCUGCAAGUGCAAGCCAUCAGUCGGCUUCGUCAUCGGCACCCUCGCCUGGAGCCCAGCAGCCAGCGUCGACGCCAGUGCCGAGUCUCGCACAAGUGGUCGCUGCAUCGCCAGCAUUGUUUUUGGUCAGCAGCCGAUCAGCUGCAGCUGCAGCGGCCUCCGCCAUCGCCUCCAUGUCCAUGUCAUCAAGAGCAGGAGCAGUGGGCCGCGGGACAAAGCCAUCCGCGUCGACCGCCAGUCCACCCGUCACUCCGACGGUUGUUACACCCAUGCUUCUGGGCGACACUCCAAGCCCACUCCUUGUCGCCGACUCGAACAGCAACAGCAUCAGCAACAACAACCACAACAACAACAACAACAACUCAUCUUCAUCGCGCUCAUCAGUGGCAGACUUGCUGCCGCAAGCAGGAAGCGCCGGUGGGAGCUGGACUGCCUUGCCGUUCCAGGCGUCCGUGGCGUCCUGGUUUGCACUUUCGUCACCAACACAACGCAAUGGCAAUGAGAUGGACCACAGUGGAAACGGAAUAUCCGACAUUGUUGCGGGAGACUCGUCACAGCAUCACAAACAGCAUCAGUCACCCGCCUCCUAUUCGCACCAUCUGGGCUCCGAGGACAUGGCCAUGUUUGGCCGCUUCCCAAUGCUCGAAGCGCCUUCCAUUGUCGUCUGCAAUUACUGCAUGAAGGCUGUGCUGACGGCAGGGUUUAAUGCGCAUUUGCGGCGAGUGCACGCGGAGGCGGCUGGCUUGACCAAAGCAUCGCCGCCACGACCAAGCCAAUCGCAAAGACAGCUGCGCAGCCGCCAAAUCUUGAGCUCGUCGUCUUCCUCCAGCUCCUCUCCACCUUCUCCGUCCGCCGGCUCAAACCUCCCGUCAUCUCCUUCUCCAAUGGAAGGUGUAGCAGCGGCGGCGGCGGCGGCGGCAGCAACAACAACAACAACUACUGGUGUCAGCAGCAAACGCGAGUCUGGGAGCGGCGCUGCGCCUUCCCAAUCUUCUGGAUCUACAAUCCUCGUCAAGUCACAGCCAGGGGAGCACGUGGACAAGGCAAGUCGCAUUUCAAGCACGAGCGGCGACAAGUCGCGCGGCGUUCCUUCGGCCAUCGUCGACGUGCAAGCCCCGGAAUCGUCGCCGUCGCCGCCUGCGCCUCAGCGCUCCAUCGACGCAUCACCCAGCCGCUCCACGGAGGAUCCGAGACGUGCUGCGGCGGUUGCUGCUCGUCGCCCCUACGAUGCUGACGCCAUGUGCGGGGUCAUUGUCGGACUCGAGCAGCCAUGCACUCGCUCCAUCACUUGCAAGGCACAUCCUGUCAGUGAAAAGCGACGCGUCGUGGGUCGCUCCAAGCCGUUUGACACGCUCUUGACCGAGCACAUUCGCAAAAAGCUCCGACCCGGCCGGCCGAGCACGUCGGCCCUGCUCGAAACGGUCAGCCUGCUGGCGGCCAAUCGCGAGCGCUUGCAAACCCACCCUUCACCCAAAUCAUCCAGCGAGUCGGAUGCUCCGUCUCGUGCACGCAAGAAUGCCACCUCCAAGCGACAGCUCGCCGAAUCCAUUGCCUCUGAUCGCGUUGUUGCAGCAGCAGCAUCAGCAGCAGCUCCGGUUGUCAAGACGUCCGCCCUCGUUCUCAGCUCUGGGCCCCUCAGCACUGCGAAGGCCGCAGCUGCUUCCGCCUCCCACGCGACGUUUACUCUUUCCAACCCUCUGUUCGCACCGGGCGCUGGGCACCGGAAGAACAAAGGUGGCGUCCCAAAGACAGAGAUGGCCAACCCGGACGCGCUCGGCGACUCGGAUGAUUCGGAUGACACGGACUCGCUCGCCGGCUUGGACGACGAGCGCCCCAUGCCGAAGUCGUCCUGGUCGUCGCAAUCCUCGUCUGCAUCAGACUUUCCCACCACCGCUGGUGUCGAACGUCGCCCUUGGGCGCGCCGCUCUCUCAAACUCGGGAGCAUAUCUGGAGCCAACAGUAGCAAAGGCAGCAGCGCACCGCAUAUUGAUGUGGGUGGUGGCGGAAACGAUUCGGACAUGACGAACGGGUCGGAGGACGAGAUGCACUUGCAGCUGGCACGGCGGCUCAACUCUGACGCCGAUCAAGCAGAACUGACACAUCAAGCUUCAGCUUCGAGUAGAGCACCUCGAAACGGCGCCUCAGCUCCGAGCGGGCAAAAAGCCACCCGUACCACAAGCAAGGCGGCUCCUCGUCGCGCACCAGCGGAGCAGUGGCCUGGUGGAAUCCAACAAGGGAACAAUGCUCUUCCACCAACUGGCUAUUUUUCAGAAUCUGCUGGCUCCCACACUGCCUUCUAUCCGUCUUCCAUCCCUGGAAUGCCGCCUACGUUUGCGCCGCAUUCGCAGCAGCACCAAGUGCUUUCGCACCCCUCACAUCCACCGCAGUUCCACCUGCCGCCACAGCACCAGCAACAGCACCAGCUACAUCAGCAGCAACUACAGCAGCAUCAACUCCAGCAGCAGCAGCAGCAACAACAGCAGCAGCAGCAACAACAGCAGCAGCAACAACGACACCAGCCGCCAACGCUUCAGUUUCACAAUCAACCUGUAGAAUUUUACUACUCGACAUCGCCCAAGCGCUCAACCACGCGCGGUGCUCCCGCAACCAACCGUGCAGCCUCGUCGAGCGGCGGCCAGGCGACCGAUCGCAAGCCCGAGAAGGCGCGCGCGAUUCUGCUCGAUUUUAUCGAUCACAGUCCACCACCGCCGUCCAAGUAGUUUGGAUCUGUGUUGUUGUUGUUGUUGAUCACUUUUCUUCCUUGAUAUCUUCCCUCACCACAUUAAAAUGUAUUCUUUAUU